GUCAGGUUCACUAGAAGUCGGUCUCAGUUUGCAGCAUUUGCAAAGGAGGCAGCGGAGCCGAGCAGUUGAAGGACAUCAAAUGAAACACGGGAGCGCUUUACAGCGGGUCCUCUUGAGUUUUGCGCGUAGCCUGUGUGCUCCGAGCCUGGAGACAGUACGUUUUAGUGAAAAUCAUGGAAGAUAAAUCAAAUUCGUUCUCCAGCAACAAAGAAGGGGAGAAAGCAGAUGGGAAUAAUGUAUUUCAAAGGCAAGACUCGAUACAGAAGAAUAAUAUGGGGAGCCAGAACAUGAAAGGAGGGGACCAUGGAAACUCGGUGGGCUUCAAGGGGGACCGGGAGGAAGCCUUGGUCGGGUUCGACGAUAUAGACGGGUCCGGUAACCGACAUGGCUUUAUGCAGCGGCAAUUUGGAGCGAUGAUGCAGCCCGGCGUCAAUAAGUUCUCCCUGCGAAUGUUCGGCAGUCAGAAAGCCGUUGAGAAAGAGCAAGAAAGGGUGCAGACGGCUGGAUACUGGAUCAUUCAUCCCUAUAGCGAUUUUAGGUUCUACUGGGACUUGGUAAUGCUGGUCAUGAUGAUGGGGAACCUGAUCAUCAUUCCUGUAGGAAUAACCUUCUUCUCAGAGCAGACCACCACCACCUGGCUAAUAUUCAACGUAGCAUCAGACACCAUCUUCCUCGUGGAUCUGGUCAUGAACUUCCGCACGGGGAUCGUCAACGAGGAGAGCUCCGAGAUCAUCCUGGACCCCAAGGUCAUAAAGAUGAACUACCUGAAGAGCUGGUUUGUGGUCGACUUCCUCUCGUCCAUACCAGUGGAUUAUAUAUUUCUAAUAGUGGAAAAGGGGUUUGACUCAGAGGUGUACAAGACGGCGAGGGCGCUGAGGAUCGUGAGGUUUACUAAGAUUCUGUCUCUUCUGAGGCUACUGAGACUUUCCCGACUCAUCAGAUACAUACACCAGUGGGAGGAGAUCUUCCAUAUGACCUAUGACCUGGCCAGUGCUGUGGUAAGAAUAUUUAAUCUGAUAGGGAUGAUGCUACUGCUGUGCCACUGGGACGGUUGUCUGCAGUUCCUGGUCCCACUCCUACAAGAUUUCCCUCAAGAUUGUUGGGUGUCGCUAAACGGUAUGGUUAAUGACUCGUGGGGUAAGCAGUACUCGUACGCUCUCUUCAAGGCCAUGAGUCACAUGCUGUGUAUCGGGUACGGCGCCCGGGCUCCCGUCAGCAUGUCCGACCUGUGGAUCACCAUGCUCAGUAUGAUCGUGGGCGCCACCUGCUACGCCAUGUUCGUGGGUCAUGCCACCGCUCUCAUCCAAUCACUAGACUCCUCCCGCAGGCAGUACCAAGAGAAGUAUAAACAAGUAGAGCAGUACAUGUCGUUCCACAAGCUCCCCGCAGACAUGCGGCAGAAGAUCCAUGAUUACUAUGAGCAUCGUUAUCAGGGCAAGAUCUUUGACGAGGACAAUAUCCUGAGUGAGCUCAACGACCCGCUCAAAGAGGAAAUUGUGAACUUCAACUGUCGGAAGCUGGUGGCUACCAUGCCGCUGUUCGCCAACGCAGACCCCAACUUCGUGACGGGCAUGUUGAGCAAGUUGAAGUUCGAGGUGUUCCAGCCCAACGACUACAUCAUCAGGGAGGGCACCGUGGGCAAGAAGAUGUACUUCAUCCAACAUGGUGUGGCCAGUGUCAUCACCAAGCUUAACAAAGAGAUGAAGCUGACUGAUGGCUCUUACUUUGGAGAGAUCUGUCUCCUGACGAAGGGAAGACGCACGGCGAGCGUUCGCGCUGACACCUACUGCCGUCUCUUCUCCCUCUCCGUGGAUCACUUCAACGAGGUGUUAGAAGAGUACCCUAUGAUGCGGCGCGCUUUCGAGACCGUAGCCAUCGACCGCCUGGACCGCAUCGGGAAGAAGAACAGCCUGCUCCUCCAGAAGUUCCAGAAGGAUCUGAACGCUGGGGUGUUCAACACGCAGGAGAACGAGAUAUUGAAGCAGAUAAUCCGUCAGGACAGGGAGAUGGUGAUGAUGGUGGACCGCAAGCAGUCGGUCACAGGGAUGUCAGUCACAGGGAUGUCGGUCACAGGGAUGAACACCACCCCGAUAUCUGGAAACUCCAUCAUUAACUCGCCGGCUCAGCCGCCCUACACCACUGCCCUGGGCAACAACCAGUUCCAGCAGUCAGCCACCCCUUUGACCUACAGCGCUUCGGCCGUCAUUGCCCCCUCCGCCUCCGCCGCCGCCCGCAUCCUGCCUGCCUCGGCGCAGGGAGUCUAUCCCGUCCCCAGCGUCAUCCAUGGCAACCUGACCUCAUCCUCGCCCGUCCCCCAGACUCCCCUCUCUCUCCAUCAGCAAGGGUCCAUCAUGUCCCCGGUAUCCUUCACCACGGCUGUGUGCAGUCCACCCGUGCAGACCCCUGGGCUGGCAGGCCGCAGCUUCCAGUACGGCUCGCCCACCGCCUCCCAGCUCUCCCUUAUCCAGCAGCCGCUGCCUACUGGCCUACCACCACAGCAACAACUACCACAGCCACAGCAACCAGGAGGAGCUGCGGCCUCCUCAGCAACACAACAACCACAACAACAGCAGCAAGUCCCGUCACCUCAGAGGAGUGACAGCCUCCACAAGGCCAGCCAUGCUCUCCAGUCGGGAAGCCUGAGUCGAGACGUGCGCCACCUCUCUGCCUCCCAGCCCUCCCUGCCCCAUGACACGUCCCUGGGGCCCCGAGCACACCCUGCAGCAUCUGGGGACUCACUGGCCUCCAUUGCCCCGCCGGUGGCUGCGAUCCAGGGUAUGGGUAUACAGAGCGGUCUCCGCACCACAGUGCCCCAGAGGGUCAACCUGUUCCGCCAGAUGUCAUCGGGAGCGUUGCCUCCGGUGCGAGCGGUGUCCUCUGCAGCCCAGCACAGGGAUUCCACUGGCUCUAGGAGAGAUUCUAGAAGAGAUUCUACCUUAAGCAGUACAGAGACCGAGCAAGAUAAGAUGCGGUUCGCAUCAAAUUUAUGAUCUCAUUUUUCUUUUUUUUAACUUCUGUUUUAUUUCAUUUUUAAAUGGAGAUACAAAAAAAGAUAAAGAUGAACUUGAGUAUUUUUUUGUUUUCUCAAAUUUUUCUUCAGAAAAAAAAAUUAGCCUAAAGGAAUUCCUGUACAGACUGCCCUUGUAUUAUAUUUUAGACACAUUUUCUCCCUACAUUUAAGAAUGUAUAUUAAAUAAAUAUAUAUAUAUAUGUGUGUAAAUCCAGCUAGAAUAUUUGGCAAAGACUAUUUAAAAGCUCUAGUAUAUAAACAUGAGUCUUCCUUUCCAAAAAAUACAAAUAUAGAUAUCAAAUGUAUGGAGAGGGGGGGGGGGGUGUUUGUUAUUUUCUGUUUUUGUAAACUGGAAUGCAUCGUGAUGAAUCCUGACAGAUGACUUUUGGAUUAUUUUUUUUUUGUACCUGCGAGAAGAGGAAGUAAAAUAUCUUCUCACAUUACGCAGCUUUGUCACCACUGUGGAAUAACUGACGCGAGCGAACCUUGAAACUGUCAACAACAAAAAAAGCACACACUCAAACAUAAAUCUAAUGACAUCAUUUGUGGGACCUUAAUCUUAGCAAUCAACACAGGUACAAUAGCUAGGUGUUCCAUUGCUCUCAGCAAUACAUCCUCUUGAGCCACAGUGUCCUCACACAGUGGUCGGUGAACACCAUGACAGUGUUAUGGGUCCAAAGGGAUAUAAAUAGACGUGAUGCUCUUUUUUUGUUUGUAGAAGGAUGAUGUUGUGAGCAAAGAAUGGAUGAUGCUGUUUUUAGUCCUAAUUUCAGACCGUGAUAGACGUUAUGUAAUGUUGCUUAACAAAACUAUGUGUACAUUUAUAAUAUUUAUAAACUAAAGAUUAUCACCAUUAUGCAAUAGACUGUGAUAUAAAGAUUAUCUAUAUGUGUGUUGUAAAUAGUUUUGUAGAUCUAGUAUUUACAGAUACUGUGUGGUGCAUUCUCAAUCAUAACAAUGUCUUACUUCUUUCAGGAACCUUGAUAUCUUCAUCAUCAUCAUCAUCUAUAUGUGAGAAAAAAAGUUAAUAAGUGACAACAAUGCAUAUAUUCAUUAGAGAUAAGAAAACCUUAACGCAAUAGCUAGCACUACUUGACACUGAGAAAUGCCUGUCAUACUGAGAAUCUUCAUUAGUCUGCAUAGUCCUUGUUUCCUUGUUUCCUUGUUUCCUUGUUUAUUUUAACCAUCUAGCAAGCAAAAGAGAAGCGAAUGAGGGAUUCAAUAUUUUUUUAACGCUGAGGAGUCAACACUUUUCAACACAUUUAACGCUGAUGUUUCAAAACUUUUCAACACAUUUGUAGCGUGGACUCCUUAACACCUGUUAUUAUACACUUCAAACAUGUCUCCCCUGUAUGUUCACCUCCUUUUGACCGGUGUUAUUUCUAGAGAUGCUAUAUUUUAUUUCAGUCACAUGCUACACAAUACAGUAAUACCCUUUUACAGUGUUUUUCUUACUGCGGGUGUGCUGGGUGAGGAAACCUACCCAUUCCUUACAGCAAUUAAGAGUUAUUGUAUGUUUGACUACCCGUACACAAUGUGACACUUUAGAAUUACUCUAAAUAUGAAUCAUUGUUGAAUCUAUCAUAUCUUGACUCCAAAUCUUUUAGUUAUUUUUGACACCUUUUGAUUUCCAAUAUAUUUUUGAUUUAUUUUUAAUGUCAUUCCGAGGGUACAGAUGUUGGAUGUUUUAGUCAGGCUUUCUGCUUUUUAAAAUUUAUUUUUCAUAUUUAAUUUCAUUGCCUCACCUUCCAUAUCAUGUAUUCAAAUAAUGUGAUCGUCUAGUGUGGCAGUGGAAUGUAAAGAAAAGUUUUCAUACCGACAGAAAAUUUAUAAACUCUUUGUCUUUUUCUGCAAUAUGCCCAUUGGCUGUAGGUUUGCAGUCUAGACGUAUGAAUUUUCCAGUCAAAGUUAAUGUUGAAGAAGACUGACGUGACCUUUCCAGACACCUCUCUCUUUGAGUAGGUCACGUUAUAAGUCAAGUGUUUGGGCCCCAUUUUAAAAACAAUCACAGUGUGUGAAUUAGAGCGAUAGCAACAUAUGCUGGGUUGCAUUAAGGUUUCUGUCUCUUGUUUGUCUGAAUCCAUCAUAGUAACUGUAACAAUAUCAACAAAAUUACAAUGUUUAAGCUUAUUUAUUUAGUGUCCUGGGGGGUCCAGAAAUGUGACUAAACUUUGAGACAAUUCAUUAAGGUCAGUCAUUCUAACACAGCUUACCCUCGUGAGGUUGCAGACUAUUUGACGUGCUUAUGAAUUGAUGUGUAUGUUUGCUAGAGACCCCCCCAUGUAUUGUGUAUAGUAACCAUGUGAGUAAUUAGUAUGAUAUGUUCCUCACAGACAACCACCUCUCAUGGUUUUAGAGUCACAAUCUUCAUGGCGGCAAACAUGCUCCAUCAGUCGGCUCCGAGUAUCUAAGCCCCCCCCCCUUAGAGACACACCUAAAAAGAUGAGCAGUACUUCAAUACAGACAACGUGUGUCAACAUUACACCGAUACAGAGUCCACCUCAAAAAAAUGUGUCCCAUAAAAAGCAUGCACUUCUCACAAAUACUUAAAAAGAUACUAUAUAAAAAAAAAAGUUGACGUUAAAUGUACUGUGAGAUUAUGUUUUGUUCAUUGUCUGUCUAGACGUUAUUUGUGUGCAACGAAAGCGUUGACAUUUUCACAAAAGGACACUUAAGUAUUUGUGCCUAAAACUGUAGCCAUGUUCGAUACUUUUUGUUUGUUUUGAGUGCGAGGAGCUAUAAUGUGCAUAUGCACCUAUACAACACAUUUAUUACUUAUCAUAUGUGUUCUAUGUUUCAAAUAUUUUUUUUUUUGAGAGGAAGAUGUAACCAAUGUGAAGAUGAUGGCCAAAUGUCGCAGUUUAACAAUUGGAAUCUUUGAAGACAAUUGCGAACUUCUAUGAAAAGGCUCUCUCAUUCUGCUAUAGAACUCUCUGAAUUACAGUAGUGACUAGUACAGUCUCUACAGAACUGGGAGGAUACUAACACGUUGACGAGACAUUGUAAAACAUUUUGAAGCACCUUUUGUAACUUCCUUUGUAGCUAGCCACUGAUGUUUUGUUGAUUGUUAAUGUUGCGCGGAAUGAAACUGGCCAAAGCAAAACAUUCAAAGUAAUUUUCUUUAUUUUGAAUUGCACUUUCUGAUGAAAGAAAAAUACGAUACAGACUCUUCAGACAGUUAUUUUAAGUGAAUAAGAAGGUUUAAAGGGAGAUGUAUGAUCUAGAUUGGAACUCUCUAAACAUGGAGAAAUGUUCUAUUCCGAGACUGCUUGAUCCUGAUCUGCCAUGGUGAAUGUAUUCAUGGGUUGCACCUCCGUCUCAUCGUUGCCAUUAUGAACGUUAUACAGACGCCGCAGCCACAUUGGUGCCCAAAAGUCCAGUGAUGCCCAGUCAUUCUGAACGGGGCUAAUGACUGUUUCAUCUAAAUUACACUAUAGUGCCCUGGAAAUACAAUGACAUUGCUAAAGUAGGCCAAUAUUUAGUAGGAAUCAGCUUUGCCAUCAUCAUUAAUGUAGUCAAACUUACUUUAGACAGAUGACAAUGUUGUCAUUAGCUAGCAAAGAUUGUCCAAAAUAGUUAGCAAAGCUAGCUUAAAUCCGGUGGUCUCCCCUCAAUUUUAGCUAGCUAGCUAAUGUUAUACUGCAUCUAAAGUCAAUCUGGUGACAUCAUUUUGUCCUUAUUUUGCCAGGUAAAUUGACUGAAAACAAAUGUUCAUUUACAGCAAUGACCUGGGGAAUAGUUACAGGGUAGAGAAGGGGGAUGAAUGAGCCAAUUGGACAAUGAUGACAAACGGUUUCCCUGCAAAUUAUUUGCCUCUACAGACGUCAUUGUAUUUCCAAGCCACUGUCAUACACUUUCGAUGAAAUGUUCAUCAGCGCCAAUUGACAAUGCAUUGAGUAAGAGCGCUCGGUCGGGAAUCAGUCCUAAAACGAAUGUUCAAAACAAUAUUGUGACGAAAUGUGCAACCCAUGAAUAGUAACUUUUACCCGGUUCAGAUGGAUAGCAGCGCUGUUGGUUUGUGGUGUUUUUGAUACUUGCCUUUGGAGGGGAAAGCUUCCCAACUAUGUGCUUUUUUUUUCUCACAAUAAUUCCCGACCACAGCUAUCUAGCAUUCUGGAAUGGGCAUUAUGAUGUAUGCAGUACAACACGAACGGGCGAAUCAGCUUACAGUUUUAGCAGUAUGGAGUACUCUCAAUUAACCAGCACAUAUAUUUGUACAUUUAUUUUGUUUUGUUUUUAAAUAAAUAUGCUAAAAUGAACAAAGCCCAGUGCCCAGAGAAAGGAAACUAGGGUCUUUAUUCACAAAGCCUCUCAGAGUAGGAGUGCUGUGACCUAGUGUUAGUUUGACCUUUUGGAUAAAUUCAUGCGAUUAUUUGGACAAAAGGAAAAACUGAUUUUAGAUCAGGACUCCUAAACUGAGAUGUUUUGUGAAUAUGGGCCAAGAACUUUUGGGUUCUGAACCUUGACAGUGCAGGUGUAAUAUGUUAACUGUUAAUGUGCGAUAAUGUUCAUCUUGGAGAGACUAUGGUGUAGAUAAUGCUGUAAGUUACGAGCCACACGUACGUUCCUCUUAAACCCCGCUGACAGAUUCAUGUUAAUAAAACAAGCUUGGUAAAAAAAUAAUGAACAGUUAGUUGGUUACUUGACACAGAGUUCUUACAACUAUAUGCAGACAAAUGGUGUUUGUCAAAAAAAUUAUUUUGAUUUCUGUUUGAAUUUUGUUUUGUUUGUAAAUAAUAAACCUUUAACAUGUAGAAAAUAAAAGACAUAUUGUCAUUUA